AGAAAGUGUUGGCAGAUAUUUGUUGGGUUUUCGCGGUGGUGAGUGAAAGCUUAUUGUAGACUAGGAUUCUCGAAGGUGGUUCUGCGGUCGGUUUUUUUGAAUUUCACUCUCUCUCUCCGUCUUUCUUUUCUACAGAAAUCAAGGCCAGCCAGGAGUAUUUUGGAUAUUUGGGUAAAUGAUUCGGGUGUUUGAGAAUGGAUAAAGUCGAGUUGAGCGGUGUGUACGACGAAGCCAUGGAUUUGGACUUGGACUUGGACUUGGACUUGGACCUGGACUUGGUCUUGGAUGAAGAUGAUCGGACAAAGAGGAAGAAAAUCAAGAAUCAGACAGUGGACAUGGAGAUGAAACAUAUUCACCACGCCGACGAAGAUGGAUCACACAAGCUUUUCCCGAAACAGGCGCUUAGUGUUCUGCUUGUUGAAGCUGAUGAUUCUACUCGCCGGAUCAUCGCCGCGCUUCUUCGUAAAUGCAGUUACAGAGUCUAUGCUGUUCCUGAUGGACUGAAGGCAUGGGAAUGUUUGAAGGGAAGACCGCAUAAUGUUGAUCUCAUACUUACUGAAGUGGAUUUGCCAUCAAUAUCUGGUUAUGCACUACUAACGUUAGUCAUGGAGCACGACAUUUGCAAAAAUAUUCCUGUUAUAAUGAUGUCAUCUUGCGACGCAGUUAGCAUGGUCUUGAAGUGUAUGUUAAAAGGUGCGGCUGAUUUUCUUAUUAAGCCAAUUAGAAAAAAUGAGCUCAAGAACCUUUGGCAGCAUGUUUGGAGAAGGCACACGAUUAGUGGGAAAUUCCCCUCCUAUUUAACUGUUGGACAGCGUGAAGUUGUGGCCACUUCUGAUAAUGAUGAAGGUAGCAAUUAUUCAAGUUACUGUGUGGCUUCUAGAAAGAAAAUUAAGGAAUGCAGUGAGAAGGGAAGUGAUGCCCAGAGCUCUUGUACAACACCUUACUUGGAAGCUGAGAAUAGAUGCAUGCCAAAUAUGCAGGGACUGUCACCACUGAAGGAUGGGACUGCUCCAAAGCUAAAUAUGAGUUGUAAGAAACGUGGAUUUGGUGCUUAUAUGGACAAAGAAUUUGAUAUACUUAAAACCAACAUCAGAGAUAAGUCGGAUAAUGCGGCCAAAAGCGAAGCUUGCAAUUCAGUUCCUUCAAGAAUGAAAGAAGAUUGUGUUAUCGCAGAAAUAAGAAGCCAGAAUAAAGUUUUGAGGCCUGACUUUUACAAGGUCGUCGAUGAUGGUGCUUCUGAGAUGUUUAGUUACAACAAUAAGGACACUGAACCUUCCAGUAGAAUCAACGACUUGAUAGGAAAUUUUGACAAUAAUCUGAAGCACAUCAAUAGCAUCUGCAAGUUUGAUGAACAUCAAAAGUGCUGGUUAUCUAGCUCCAACGAUGCCAGCGCAAUCAAAUUAGAAUUUUCUCCUCAGUUGGAGCUUUCUUUAAGAAGAAUUUCCCCGGCCAAACCAGAAGGCCAGUGGAGCGAAAAUGGGCAUGUGCUGAACCACUCCAAUGCUUCAGCCUUUUCAUCGUACAAUAGCUGUAAGAUGAUGAAACCCCCUUCUGUGACACAACCCAAUGCCCCUACUGAAUCAGACACAAGUGCUGGUCAAUCUCCUAGACCAUUGCCAAGUCUACUGUCAGGAAUUUCGGGUUGUACAUACCAAGACCAUGGGGUUCCAGUAAGAAACAGUCGGAAGAAUAUGACCCCAAAGGUUGCUGGCGGGUUUGACCAGGCUGAACAUCAAAUUCUGCAACCACAACUUGAUCUUUUUCCAGCUCCAGAUUUGGUAUCUGAUAAGGCGUCCGCUGGUUGUGCUCUCCAUUCCAUGUUCUACACGCCAUCAGUCUUGCCUCGAGUACCUAAUACCAGAUCAACAUGUGAACAAGAGGUGUCUCCCAUUUCUAUUGAUACCUCAUCCGAUAACUGUCGUGAUAUUUCCAACCCGAGAAAAGUUGGUCAUCAAUAUGCAGAAAACACAGAUAAUACUAUUGAACGAGUGGCAGAGGAGUUGAAACAUGACUCUCCUAGUGCUGCUACACAUAGUGCCAGUAGUAGCUUAUGCAAUGAAACGGAUCAUAUUAAUAGCAACACGAAUGGGAGCGUUUGCAACCAAACAGAAGGCAACACCUCGUCAAGUGUAGUGGAUGACAAGACUGCAGCCUCUGAAAAUAUGAAUGCAUCCAAUGUCUUUACCUAUGAAGGAAGUAAAGGACUGGAUUCUUCUCGUUCCAGGCAUAGGGAAGCCGCUCUGGAGAAGUUCAGGUUGAAACGGAAAGGUCGUUGUUAUGAGAAAAAGGUCAGAUAUCAAAGCCGGAAAAGAUUGGCAGAGCAGCGACCGCGAGUUAAAGGACAAUUUGUUCGUCAACGGCCUAGUGACCCACCAGCCUCGGACUCUGGAUGUCGAUGAAAGUUGCAUACACCCUAAUAUGGUUUGCCUCUUUUCAUUCUAACUUGAGCCUUCUCGCCAUGUAGUUAGUUAGUCAUUCGAAUUCUCCAACGUUUUGAAGCCUUCUGGGGUGCAUGUGUGGAA